AUGUCACACGUUAUUUCUUCACAACCAUCUUCAACAUCGCCGUAUCAGCCUACUGAGAUUCAAGAAUCCCUCAAUGGUCACAAUCAAAGGAAAUCCACCAUAGAAACGCGACAAGACCGGGAUGACUGUUGCUUCCGAGCUGAUAAAAGCCAAGGGUGUUUUAUUUAUUACUGCUGCAAUUUUCUAUCGAGCGUCUGUGGCGGUAUCAGGGAUUGUACAGAAAAAUGCUGCAACUGCUGCGCUGAUUGUCUAGCAGACUGCUGUGAAGACAAACCCGAAGACAGAAAUAAGCGCAGAAGAUACGGAAGCGGGCAGGAUUAUGACUAUGAUGAUAAUACAUGGGUAGUCGGUGCUAUUGACCAUCACAACACCGUACCUGAUAAUCAGCCCGAUCUUCAACCAAUAAAACACGACUCCAGUGUACAUUAUUCUAAGAGUCAUGACUCCGGUCAUGACAAUAAUUUACACUACCAUGAUUCCCGUACCACUGGACAUCACACCCAUCAUUCUGGGGGCCGCGAUUCUGGAUUCCAUCUCGCUAGUGCACAUGAUUCUGGGUUACCUCACUCUAGUGGACACGAUUCCGGUCAUCAGUCUGGUGGACACGAUUCUGGACAUCACUCCAGCUCGCAUGAUUCUGGAGGACAUCAUUCCAGCAGUCAUGACACAGGCGGCGGCACGUGCGACUCUGGUGGAGACGUUGGCGGAGGAUGUGAUUCAGGCGGGGGUGUUGAUUAA